AUGAACAUGAUUCGACGUCAUCGAGCGUUUCGAGCGAUGGAGCACUCACGAAAUCGAUCCCGCUAUGGUCAGGGGAAUUCGGUCGAUGUUGAGCGCGGUGGUGGUGGUGGCAGUGGCGCUGGUGCGCCGGCAACAAGUCGUGUCAGUCUCGAUGGUUACGAUGAUGGAACCGAUUGGGACGCUAGUGAUGGUAUGGCCGAUGCGGACGAUCGUGGUAGUCUGAUCAAUUCUCGAUUUAUGCUCAAACCAUACAGGAAAUCAUUGGUCCCCGGUCCUAGAAUAGCCGAAUCCAUGGACCCGGGUAAUCAUUUACAACGGCCAUCCUUUGCACCUUUAUGUCGUACGGAUUGGAAGAAUUGCAAUGCGCGCACUUAUGGACACACGUUACCCUGUGUGGCCGUGUCUGUGGAACCGGAAGAGAGCAGGCGAAGUAGUGAGGAACAAUCGUGGUGGACUCGAUUGCGUCAGUGGCUUCGUACAAAACAUAUUGGUCUAACAGCUAGACAACAGUUGACCAUGAAGUUGUAUUGUGAACAAUUCACCACCGUAUCGUAUCCUGCUGGAAAGAUUAUGGUAAGUUCCCAUUUGACAACUUACCAGUGUAAAGUGGAGUGCGGUGGAUGGUGA